CUGCAUCGUCCCUCUCUCGCUCAUAUUCGCCUCUCAGCCUCCCACUAGAAAAACCCUAGGGAGACAGAAGCAAACCACUCGACCAGAAAAUGGCUGAGGGACUUGUACUUCGCGGUACUCUUCGCGCCCACACCGAUAUGGUGACCGCCAUCGCCACUCCAAUUGAUAACUCUGAUAUGAUCGUUUCGGCUUCACGAGACAAAUCAAUCAUCGUCUGGGACGUAAGUAAGGAUGACAAGGGCAAUGGUGUCCCGCGCCGCAGGCUAACAGGGCAUUCUCAUUUCGUUCAGGAUGUUGUUCUCUCGUCGGACGGUCAGUUCGCUCUUUCUGGCUCCUGGGACGGUGAGCUCCGCCUCUGGGAUUUAACCACAGGGGUUUCCGCCCGCCGCUUCGUCGGCCACACGAAGGAUGUGCUUUCCGUCGCCUUUUCGAUCGACAAUCGUCAGAUCGUGUCGGCAUCCCGGGACCGCACCAUAAAGUUGUGGAACACUUUGGGUGAGUGCAAGUACACCAUCCAGGAUGGAGACGCUCACAGCGAUUGGGUGAGUUGCGUCAGGUUCAGCCCUAACACCAUGCAGCCAACCAUCGUGUCGGCUUCUUGGGAUAAGACAGUCAAGGUGUGGAAUCUUACCAACUGCAAGUUAAGGUGCACGCUUGCUGGCCAUUCCGGCUAUGUCAACACUGUUGCUGUGUCACCUGAUGGAUCACUUUGUGCAAGUGGUGGCAAGGACAGUGUGAUUCUGCUUUGGGAUUUGGCAGAAGGAAAGAGGCUUUACUCACUUGAUGCUGGUUCGGUGAUCCACGCCCUGUGCUUCAGUCCAAACAGGUAUUGGCUGUGCGCCGCCACUGAGCAGAGCAUCAAGAUAUGGGAUCUGGAGAGCAAGAGCAUUGUUGAGGAUCUGAAAGUUGAUCUCAAGGCCGAAGCCGAGAAGGCUGAUGGCAACGUCGCCGUCGGCAACAAGAAGAAGGUGAUAUACUGCACAAGCUUGAACUGGAGUGCAGAUGGAAGCAUCUUGUUCAGUGGUUAUACAGACGGUGUUAUCAGAGUUUGGGGGAUUGGGCGUUACUAGGAAGAAGCAGCUUGAGUAGUAAUUGCCAUAAUGCUGUGCUUUUUAUUUUUUGACAGGAAGUAGUUUAUUUUCUUUGUAGCCGGCUUCAAAACGUUAUUUAAGAUUUUGUUUAAAAAUGGUUUCUUUAAGGAUAUUUGGAUGGUUAUUUUCGUGUUUGGAUGUUACUAAUAUCUAUAUGGCUUUGAGGCCUCUGUUAUUUUUGCUUUCAUAUUUUGUUA